UCCGCUGCUAGAGCGGUGCUUGAUCGCUUCAUUCCUUCUCAUUCAUCUAGUUUCGCCCUUGAGAUCAUCACUAAGAAUUGGAUUAUGAUCUUCGAUUUCCCCUGCGCCCUACACAUCGAGUGGAAAUUCAAUUGGCUGAUAAAGUUAAUCGGGUUUCUGAUGGAUGAAGUAGAGUGACGUUUGGCUCUUGUGAAGUGAGUGGUUUGUCUUCAUGGCAUACUUGUGAACUUAAUAAGAAAAACGUCCAGCUGGACUUGUUGAGUGGUUAAAACUUUCUACCCUUUGUAUGUCGGCUGAGCCGGCGGCAAAAAGUUCUCACCUUUGGAUGUGGUUUUCUGAGUCUAGUUAAAAAUGUAAGAAGGAAAAGAACAGUCAAGAUGGUGGAAAAUAAUGAAAUGGUUGGGUUUCAACGGUGUUAAGUUCAUCGACAACGACGACAAGCUAUAAAUAUGAAAAAGAAAUGUUCCAACGAAAAAAAUGUCGAAAAGGAAAGGAACUCUCUUGAUGCCACUUUAUUGUCUUCUUCAUUCCAAUAUCACCAGUGAUUAUUGAAUGGAUGUCACUGGAUUCAUUUUGUAUUAUGUCUCUUCAAUGAGUUAUGCAAUUUUAUCUGGCUCACCAUUUCUACAAUACUGUAGUAUUCAAGGAAGCUAUAAUCUCUUGAUGCCUUUUUGAAUAACAACUUCCUAUGAAUCCUCAAAUGAAGCCAAUUAACCAACAGCCUUUGAUCAUCAUAUUAUGUGUUGUUUGAUCUUUAUUGACUGACCCAUUAAAAGCCAACUGUACUUCUACAAUCCUACACAAUGUCAUGAGCUUUCAAUUAGGUAUCAUUGUACGUCAUACUCUAAUUUGACGUUUCAUGGUGAAUUUGGAGAAUUUAAACCCGGACAACAGAGGUUGGAUAUGAAUGUAAGGCGGGAAAAAAGAGAGUUUGGGGAAGAAGAUUUUGAUGUGGCAAAUUAAGGGCAUUCUUUUACAGUUGCAGUGCUAAAUUUGGAAAUUGCAUCCUUUUCUCCAUUUUGAGUGUCACAUGGGCACAAUUCGUUAUGAGUUCAGCACUAUUAAAAUUACGUUCACUUUUUGCAGUUAUAUCCCACCAGGAGCUUCUUUUUCUAUUUUCACUAGUAUUUGGUUUUUUGAUGCCUGUUUAUUUAACAAAACAUGAUUUGAGCUGGUUGAUCUAUUAAAUGAUUUUCUGAUGACUAAAAUAAAUUGGCAUUUGGCAAUAGCAGAAAAACAUAGGUUGAAUUAUGUUUAGUUACUAACUGUUUGCAGGUUAAAUUAGUUGCUUCAGCACUUUUGGAAUCGUCAAAUUAUCCUACACACUACACACAAACUAGUACUUGACGCAUUCUUGGGCCUUCUAUUCUGUGGCAACCCUUUUGGUCUUUUCUGUGUGAUAUGGUGUUUAUCUAAAGUCAACUUUUCAUAGGUAGUCUCACAAUCAAACUGAAACACUGUUGCUUUCUUUUUUAUAGGAGCAUUGUGGUGGAGUAUCCUGCUUUUUGAUAAGUAAUCAUCCUUCCUUGAACAUACGGGGUUCCCCUGAAAUUCUGUAUGCUUCUUCUUUCAUCACUUGUACAAUUCUUAGAUUUUUUUAUUUAGAGUUCUGAUGAUAAAUUAAGGGUUUGAGCAACUUAUAGUGUUUACAGAUCAUUGUAUGUCGAGACCUUAAUGGUAUAUUUAUCUUCAACUGUGGAGUCAGUGUUAGCUGUACAUUAUCGAGGAAGACUUGGGCUUUGAUGUUAUUAACAUUAUAUGUUGGCCAGUUUUUGUAGUCUUUUUCUUAUGAAAAAGAACCUGGUUUAUUCGAAAUAACAUAUCACUUGAAACUCAUUUGUCAUCUCAGAAUUUUAAAAGUGGCCGUUCAUGAUAGGAGUAUGGCUGUAUUUUUACCAACGUCAAGAUUUGCUGUAAUCCAGUUGCUUGUUAAUUAUGUCUGCUUCUUUCUGUGCAAUCUUGGUCAGAAUACGUGGUGUCACGGGAGUAGAACUACUGACUGGUCUUCAUUGGUACUUAAAAAACCUGUGUGGGGCACAUAUAUCAUGGGAUAAAACUGGUGGUUCACAACUAUCUUCUGUCCCUAAGGCUGGGUCUCUUCCUCGUGUGCAAGAUGAUGGACUACUGAUACAAAGGCCUGUCCCUUGGAAUUACUACCAGAAUGCAGUCACAUCUAGUUAUACAUUUGCCUGGUGGGACUGGCAAAGAUGGGAAAAGGAAAUUGACUGGAUGGCUCUUCAAGGCAUCAAUAUGCCUUUGGCGUUUACUGGGCAAGAAGCUAUCUGGCAAAAAGUAUUUGAGAAUUUUAAUAUUAGCAGUUCUGAUUUGAAUGAUUUCUUUGGAGGGCCUGCAUUUCUUGCAUGGUCUCGGAUGGCCAACUUGCAUGGAUGGGGAGGACCACUGCCACAAAGUUGGCUGGAUCAACAACUCGCAAUGCAGAAGAAAAUUCUUGCUAGAAUGUAUGAGCUUGGAAUGACUCCAGUCCUCCCAGCGUUCUCAGGAAAUGUACCUGCAGCUUUGAAAAAUGUAUAUCCAUCAGCAAAGAUUACACAUCUAGGGAAUUGGUUUACAGUUGACAGCAACCCAAAAUGGUGCUGUACUUAUCUUCUUGAUGCAUCUGAUCCCUUAUUCAUCGAGAUUGGGAAAGCAUUUAUACAGCAACAAAUCAAAGAGUAUGGACGGAGUAGCCAUAUAUACAACUGUGAUACAUUUGAUGAGAACACACCACCAACAGAUGAUCCACAGUACAUUUCUUCCCUGGCAGCUGCAAUUUUUAAGGGAAUGCAAAGUGGUGAUGAUGAUGCUGUUUGGCUAAUGCAGGGAUGGCUCUUUGCAUAUGAUCCAUACUGGAGGCCUCCACAGAUGCAGGCACUCUUACAUUCUGUUCCUAUUGGGAAAAUGAUUGUCCUUGAUCUUUAUGCUGAAGUCAAUCCUAUUUGGACUACUUCAAAUCAGUUCUAUGGCGUUCCUUAUAUCUGGUGCAUGCUGCAUAAUUUUGCAGGGAAUGUCGAGAUGUAUGGUGUUUUAGAUUCUGUAGGAUCUGGACCAAUUGAAGCUCGUAUUAGCAAGAACUCAACAAUGGUUGGUGUUGGAAUGUCAAUGGAAGGUAUUGAGCAGAAUCCCGUGGUUUACGAUCUCAUGUCUGAAAUGGCAUUUCAGCACAAGAAAAUUGAUGUCAAGAAAUGGGUUGAUUCAUAUUCAACCAGACGAUAUGGAAAGUUUGUUCCAUCAGUGCAAGAGGCCUGGAGCAUAUUAUAUCACACAGUUUAUAAUUGCACUGAUGGUGCCUAUGAUAAAAAUAGGGAUGUAAUAGUGGCAUUCCCAGAUGUUGAUCCAGCCUUACUUUCUAAGCCACAAAUAGCUGGACGAAGAUAUCUCAGGUCCUCAAAUCCUUUGUUGAAGUGGAAUUACCUAAAAGAUACAGAUGAACCGUUCGACAAACCCCAUCUGUGGUACUCAACUUCAGAAGUUAUACGUGCACUACAACUUUUCAUUGAAGGGGGGAAUGAACUAUCAGGAAGCAACACUUACAGAUAUGACCUUGUCGACUUGACGAGGCAAGCGUUGGCAAAGUAUGCAAACGAUCUGUUUCUAGAUGUUAUUAAAUCCUAUGAAUUACAUGAUGAUCAUGGUGUUGCUCACCUUAGCGAGAAGUUUCUAGACCUUGUGGAUGAUAUGGACACACUCUUAGCUUGCCAUGAAGGGUUUCUGCUAGGACCAUGGUUGGAGAGUUCAAAGCAACUCGCCAUAGACAAUGAACAGGAGAAACAGUACGAAUGGAAUGCAAGAACUCAAAUCACAAUGUGGUUUGAUAACACAGCGGAGGAAGCAAGUCUGCUUCGUGAUUAUGGAAACAAGUACUGGAGUGGACUUCUACGAGACUACUACGGUCCUCGAGCAGCCAUCUAUUUUAAAUAUCUGAGAGAGAGUUUGUCCAAGGGAGAGGUGUUCGAUUUAAAGAGUUGGAGGAGAGAAUGGAUCGAGCUUACAAACGGGUGGCAAAAUGGUAGGGAUGUGUAUCCUGUUAAGAGUGAAGGUGAUGCCCACAACACAUCCCGAUGGCUAUUUGACGUAUACUUACGUGGUUCUGGUUUAAAUGAUCAUUAA